GCUCUGCCUCUCGUGCCGCAGUUGAAGAGUGGAUGAAGCGGUGCAUCUCUGAGGGAUGGCGGCGGAGUGCUAAAUGAGUCCGAGUUUGCCGAAAACAUCACAGAGGAGCAGCGCAAAGUUACCCGCGGAAAGGAAAAUUCUCCCAUAACAAGGGCAUCUGCCUCACUCUCUCCAGCCGCCAGCAUGAUGAAGGACUGCCUGCAGUUCCUUAUCGAGCCGGCCAAGAAGCUCAAAAUCCGGCUCAAGGAGUCUCGCAAGCGAGUUAAACUUGAGAAGAAGGAGCCGCUGUUGGAGAGUCAGUUAUUUAUUAUGGAACUGGCUCGAGAACUCAACAAAAUAUGCCAGAGGUCAAAUAUCCUCGGCCACAUCUGGACCAGUGAGGACGUCUGGCCGGCCAGUGUGUGUCGGGAUUUCAUCGUGGAAUGGGCCGCUGUGUUGGAGAAGAGAGUGCAGCCGAGGAUCAUCCUGUCUGACUACCAGUGCGAGAAACCAGACAAGAAAGACUGGAAGGGACACCUCCUGUGCAUGCUGGAGGCAGGCGGGGAGUGCGACAUGGGGCCCCACAAAAGAGUCAUCAUGGACUGGACACGGGAGAUCAAAAGCAGACCUCAGCCCACCGUCUGGCCUGGUGAGCCCGUGCUCAUGAUGCUAGACGACCUGGAGUUCCAGUGGAAGAGGGGGCGUCUCCCCAACCUGCUCCCCGCCAUGGAGCUCGUCAUGCUGGUCGUGCUGAAUGCAGACAGCCCCGUCAAGGAGGACGUCACAAAGCAAUGGCUGGUGAGAAAGCAGAGGAGUCAAAAGAUAGACGCUGUCCGCUACAUCCCCCACAGUGUGUGGAACUGGAUUUGCGAUGCUGCAGAGGAAGUGACUCUGGACUCAGACUCAGCCCACCCAGGCCUGUUAAUCUCCAGCGAUGAAAAGCACAUGCGCUGCGGCCUGGAGCGCCGGGAGGUCCCGCGGUGCCAGCAGCGCUUCGACGGCUGGUGGUGUGCCGUGGGCCAGGAGGGCUACGCCAGCGGACGGCACUACUGGGAGGUGGAGGUGGGUGAGCGGGACUGGCGGCUUGGUGUGGCCAAGGCGUCCGCGGUUAGGCAGGGCUUCCGCACACUCAACACAGAUACGGGCUAUCUGACCCUCCGCCUGGAGAGGGGGGCAGAUCUGAAAGCCUUGACGGUGCCCGCCACCCCGCUGUCACCGAGCUUAGUGCCCAGGAAAGUCGGGGUGUACCUGGACUAUGAGCAGGGCCAGGUGUCCUUCUACGACGUGGAGAAGCGCUCCCACCUGUACACCUACAGCGAGAAGUUCACAGAGGAACUGUACCCCGUGUUUGGGACUGUGGAGGUGGUCAAAGACCUGGUGAUAAGGCCUGCAGAUGUCAGACAGCAGUGCCUCUGCCCCGGGCCCUGCCUCUGGACCUGAACUGCUUAACACACAUCAGUCACUCCUCAGUCCUGCUCCUCAGCAACCCACAGAGUCUGUGCUUUUACUCUGGUUGUGAAUUUGAAUCUUGUGUGUCGUUUCUGGUUUUAAAAAGUCUGACUCUCUCUGCGGGUUGCCUCGUGAGGUCGUGAACAAGAACCACCAUCAUUCUGCAUUAUACUUUGUGUUACUCUGCCUUCAUGGAGAUGUACAGUGUUUGACUAUUUCUAUGGUAAAGAUGAAUAUUUUAAGGCUGGUCCAAACCUCAAAAAACAGCCUUGUUUUUAGCUGAAUGUUAAUGUUUUUGCACACGGUCCAAUAAGGUUUGGGACGGUUUAGAAGUCCAACAAAGCCCACAAAGAGCCACACGUUUUAGUUAAAACAUAAAAAGUUGCAAGGUGUUCAUGCCACAGCAGCACUAUGGAAAUGUAUUUUUGGUGACUUUUUUUUUUGUUACUUAGAGAUGAAAAAAUAAGAACAAGCAUGAACGGCACUGUGUGUGAAAGGAUGUGCGACUAGAUGCUCAGAGUGCAGCUGAUGGGAGCUCGCCAACACGCACAGGCAGAUAAUUACAGACUGGGUUUGAUGCAUGUGAAGAGGUAAUUCUCACUCUGUUUGCUUUUGUCUCAAGCUUCCUGCAAACAUUCGUCAGGCAUGGGCUUGUUUCUGCAGCUGUGUUUUUGUUUAUGUGUGCAAUAUUAAGAUAUCUAUGCUUUUUUCCCCCCAAACAUCAAUAAAUCAACUGUAAAUGCUC